UUAAUUACUAUGGGUAUUUAAAUUAAUUUGGACUCGAUCAAUUGAAAUUAAUAUCUCUAGAUUCUAUGAUUUUUUUUAUGAUUGAUCCCAGUAUUUGAGCAUUCCAUGUCUCCAGUGCUAUUUCUCGCACCAAAAGUUUUGCAAUGAAGUUGAUUCUGAUAUGUUUCUUGAACAUCAGGAAAUUCCUUUUUCUUUUUUUGGUCCAUUGUGCUCUACUGUUAAUUUCAAACCAAUUCUACUAUCUGUAUCCUAAUUCAAGUGCCAAACAUAAACCACAUAAACACAAUAGAUUGUUGCUACUUGUCAAUUCUAAUUUAUAUGUACACAUGCAAUUUAUAUCAACAGAUUCUUGAGAUCACUUCAAAAACUUAUAUCUGCUCAACGUCACUGUAAAGCUCCAUUAUAAGUAGCUUGUGGUUCCUUCUUGUCAGCCAUGCAAUGGACCCUCCUGUUUUAUGGAGCUUUAUCAUGAGCUACAUGCACUAGAUAGAUAUGAACAAGAUUGCAGAAGGAAGCUUCAAGAAGAGGAGUUGAUUCCUGCAUCUAAACAGGACUUCUCUGAAUAGCGAACUCAAGCAUCAAAAGAAGCUAGUGAGGAGUUUAAAAAAGAAAUCUCUUUGGUCCAGAACCUUAGAGGAGGUUGUGGAAAAGCUUGUUGAUAUCGUAGCAUUUUUUAAUAAGAAGAUUUGGGAAUCAUUUAAAGCUCCCGGUAUGUAGUAGAAAUGUUGACGUUGGUAACUUUUUCAAACUUAAUAAUGUAUUAAUUUUGAAAUCAUCAAAUCAAAUUUAUUAUUACUUCCUUCCAGCAGUACGUGAGAUGCAUAUUAUGAUCUUUUUGGUGAUCAUAUGUAUUAUUCACAUUUCUUAUAUCUGAAAUAAUUGCUUUUCUUAUCUUUUUGGAAUUGAAUAUUCUCAGUGAGUUUGUGUAGUUAAUAUGGAGCUAACAAAAAUAAAAAGUUAUGUUGCUGCCAGAAGUGUCAUUGAACUCAAAAUGAUUGUUGUUUGUCUUCAUUAUGAUUGUCUUGAAUUUAAGAAUAUUUUAGGUAUGGGCAAACUAAUAAGACAAGUUGUUUCCAUACGUGUUAUUUGCAUUUAGGAAUUGGGUAGAUAAAGGAUUACUUUUGAUACCUAGUAUGACUUUCACAUAUGAUUAUUAUUUUUGCAAUAAAAUGUUGUUUUUAUGAAUUAGUUAUUGACAAUUAAUGACUUUGGUUUGAUCCUUCAACAGGUAAACAACUAUCAAAUCAACUCUCGUUAUAGUAAUUUGUGCAACAUUUUUUUAAUCCUCAUUGCACAUCGAUUAGGAUUCUUGUUUUCCAGAAAUGCAAGUAAUCAUUUACAAUAAAGUAUGUUAUAAUAAAUGUUGAUUGCUUCUAAUAUACAAGAUUGCAGUUCUCACUCAUGAAACUGGUGCUCUGGAACUUAAUUUUUCUUAAUAGAAGAUAACGACUCUUGAAAUUUUUCAUAUUUCUUUUUUGGUUUUGUAUGUUUGUGUCAACUACAUAAUUAUUAUUGAGGUAAUUCGGAUGAAGUUUCACUUGCACCCUAAUAAAAGUGACUUACUAUUAAUUGAUAUUGGCCCACUUCUGGACCACUUCUCUGUGUGGUUUUAUUAUGUUCAAUACUAAGCAAUUUAUCCAUGAGGAUCAUGGAUUUUUGUUUUUAUUAUUUUUUGCAUCCAACUAAGAUUUUGAAUACUUAUUACCAGGCAACAUGGGGCUGCAUAUACUUAACGACUUCAGGGCAUCUAUUCACAUUUUCAUUAUUGGAUUGCACUUUAUUUGCAUACCUUUUAUCUUUUGUUGGUCUUGCACCAUGCGGUCAUUUCAAAAUAUUGUAAUUUCAAUAUCCUGUAUCUGCACGACUGCACAUGUUGCUGUGACUGUCUAAUGUUUAACUUUGAUGAUUUAUUGGCUAUGCUUGUAUGAACACUCGUCAUUUGUGCAACAAACUUGGGGACUUCAUACUAUGUUGUCUUACUAAGCAUUUUAUAAAUCAUCAUCACUCUAACAGGGAUGGUAAAAUUCUGUUGUUUUCUUCUUAGCAGCUGCAAUUUCUGUAAUCUCUCAAGCUGGCUUGUAGUUCUGAUGGGCUGUAAAUUUAGCUACAUCUCUAGGUACCAACUGAUAACAAAAAAUAGAUAGUGGUGCAGUUAAGUAUGGUCCUUGGCGAGACUUAAAAUGAGUCAGUAUGUACUGUCAUAAAAAUGAAAACCAGACUAGAGAGCAAUGCCAUGUAUGCUAAUCAUUCAAGUGGCGUUAAGCAUAGCUUCAAAGAUAUUCUUCCUCUAUACCAUGAAAUUUGUUUUCCUUUCUAUCUCAAUGUAUUAUAUUCUAAUGUUCCAUGUCAAUAAACUAAUGUUCCAUGUCAAUAAACCAUAAGUAUCAACUGCUCAAAGUUCUGCCACUGUAUGUUAGUGUUGGGCAUAAUUUGCUAAUUAUAGUCAUGAUUUUAUCACCAUUGGUGUGUGUUGAGACUUCUGGUACUGUGAUGUGAAACCUUUCUGAGUUAAUUUCAGGUAGCAACUUGCUCAACCAUAAAGAAGCUCUGAAUGGAAGCUUAGGUUCUUAUGGUCUAGCAUUGCAUUAUGCUAACAUCAUUAACCACAUUGACAACAUAGUAUCCCGACCACUUUCACUUCCACCAACUACAAGAGACAGCUUGUAUCAGGGAUUGCCAAUCCGAGUGAAGGCAACUCUACGUGCCCGAAUUCUGUCUUCUGAUGCCAAAGAAGAGUACACUGUUCCUCAUGUAAAAGCUGAAAUGCAGAAGAUCUUACGGUGGCUCACUCCAAUUGCACAAAACACAAUUAGAGCACAUCAAGGAUUUGGAUGGGUAGGAGAAUGGGCAAACAUGUGUAUUGAGAUUAACCAAAAACAGGACAUGCAAGACUGUAUUAUCCGCAUCCAAACACUUCAUUAUGCAAAUAAAGAGAAGACCGAGGACUACAUAUUAGAAUUGGUGGUAUGGCUCCAUCAUCUAAUUACUCAGGUGAAAAGCAGGGGAUUUAGGUUGAAGUCAGUUGAUACCGUCCAAAGUCAAUCGCAAACAAUGGCAUUUCGAGAGACUGCACAAGAUCUAUCUCAGGAGUACAAGGGUCAAGUUGACAAUCUCAAUUUUUUAUCAGAAGAAAUGAAAUUGUUGGAGCAAGUGAGCUUAGCGAAUAUCAGAUUAGGGAGAAGCAAAAGUUUGAACUGCAGGAGCAAAAUCAACGUGAGACACAGGAGUUUAACCAGAAGCUGUGGAAAUUCUCCAGAUAAGGAGUUCAGCACAGCAUUAGACUGGCGGUCGGAGAGGUCGAAAUUCUUGGAUGUGAUGGAUGGACUCGACGCACUUGGUAUUGCACAUGUAUGAAACAGAGCAACGAGAAGAGCCGUCCAUUAGGUUAGCCUCCGUUUACAAGGGCAAUUCCAGCAGGAGAAUGAUUUUGAUUUCGUUCAACCUACUGAAUGAGAAUAACGUGGUGAUAAUGGUAACGGAAUAUGAUCACUUGAUUGGUAGCGCUCAUUAUUGUAGUUGCAGAGCUAUCAGCUUGGAUUCCCAACUCAGCAACGAGCGGACAUGGCAGUUUAUUCCCUCCGUGUCCUCCAUUCCAUUUCCAUUACAUAUCACGCGAAUCAGAAUAAAACGGAGCCGUCCAUUGCGUUUCCAUCUCUUACUGCCAAGAAGGAUUCCUGUUCUAGAAAUUAAAAGCAUUCCACUAACGGGUGGGAUUGAAUGAUGAGAUGCUGUCAAAUUGAUAGAAAGAAAAAAAAAAGAUUAAAAAAAAGAGUUGGUAGCGAGGUGCGUGGAGUAGAUACAGCAUGAAGCCAGAGAUUGGACAAUUGUUCCUUCUUUUUCUCUUCUGCGUCGUUACUGCUGCUUCCGGAACUGGUGGAGAUUACGGCGUUCUGAUGACACUGAAGUCCAAGUUGUUGGGGCCCGGAGGCUCCGGCCUUAGCGACUGGGGCGCCGCCCAAUCCACUGAGCACUGCUCCUUCUCCGGCAUCACCUGCGACGGCGACUCUCGAGUGGUCGCCGUCUGCAUCACCUCCGUCCAGCUCAACGGCACUCUCCCGCCGGAGGUUGGCCUCCUCCGCCGCCUCGUCAACCUCACUCUCUCCAACGCCGGCGUCGUCGGCCCGCUUCCCCUGGAACUGACCUCCCUUCCCUCCCUCCGCUUCCUCAAUAUCUCCAACAACAACUUCUCCGGCGAGUUCCCCCACUGCGGCCCGGAGGGCUUUCCGGCCCUCGAGGUCCUGGAUAUCUACAAUAACAAUCUGACCGGCUUCCUCCCUCUGGGCCUAGCCACAGCGCCGCGGCUCCGGUACCUCCACCUCGGCGGCAACUUCUUUUACGGGAAAAUUCCGGAGGCGUACUCCGAGAUCAAGAACCUCGAGUACCUCGGACUCAACGGUAACAGCCUCACCGGCCGUGUGCCCGCCAGCCUCAGCCGGCUCUCGAAGCUGAAGGAGAUGUAUAUUGGAUACUUCAAUACGUUCUCCGGUGGGGUGCCGCCGCAGUUUGGGAGGAUGUCGUCGUUGGUCCGGCUCGACAUGGGAGGGUGCAACCUCACCGGCACCAUUCCGGCGAGUCUAGGACAAUUGAAGAAUCUCGAUACCCUGUUCCUCCAGAUCAACAAUCUGACCGGCACCAUCCCCCCGGAACUCGGUGGACUCGCUCAUCUGAAAUCGCUCGACCUCUCCAUCAACGAGCUCACCGGCGAGAUACCUCAGAGCUUCGCGGAGCUGAAGGAGCUCACGCUGCUGAGCCUCUUCCGCAACCAUAUACAAGGUCCCAUCCCGUCGUACAUUGGAGAGCUUCCCAAUCUCGAAGUGCUCCAACUGUGGGACAACAACUUCACCAUGUGCCUCCCGGAGUCGCUUGGACGGAACGGCCGGUUCUUGAAGCUGGACGUGGCCUGGAACCGAAUCACGGGGACGAUUCCACCGGAUCUCUGCGCCAGCGGCCGGCUCGAUACGCUGGUUAUCAUGGGCAAUGGCCUGUACGGAGAGAUUCCGGCCAAGCUCGGCAAUUGCAAUUCGCUGACUCGGGUUCGACUCGCGAAGAACUACUUGAACGGGAUGAUCCCUGCUGGUUUCUUCAAUUUGCCCUCCAACACCAUGCUCGAGCUCAACGAUAACUAUCUGUCCGGCGAACUGCCGACGGUGAUGGCAGGCGACGUGCUUUCCAAACUCGACCUGUCGAACAAUCUCAUAUCAGGCCCCAUCCCGUCGGCGAUCGGCAAGCUUUCCGCCUUACAAACUCUUUCGCUCGAUUCGAAUCGGUUCUCCGGCGCAAUUCCGCCGGAGGUCGGGCAGCUAAAGAACCUGUCGAAGUUGGAUUUGAGCGGAAACGGCCUCAACGGUGAGAUUCCCAAGGAUCUCACACGCUGUUUGUCACUCGUCACCGUGGACCUCAGCCGGAAUCAGUUAACUGGAAGCAUUCCGAAGGAGGUCGUGGCGCUCCAAAAUCUCAACACUUUAAACCUCUCCCGAAAUAAUAUCUCAGGUGGAAUCCCGACGGAGAUUCAACGUAUGCGGAGCCUCACCGCGUUCGACGUAUCCUACAACCGCGUCUCCGGGCUGGUACCAGCGCAGGGCCAAUUCCUAGUCUUCAACGAGAGCGGAUUCGUGGGGAACCCGGAGCUCUGCGGACCACGGCUCCAGUUGCCUUGCGUAGCGGCGGACGGAGGCGGUACGGUUGACCGGCAGCGGCGCAGUCUGAAUGACGCGAAGCGGGUGCUGCCAUUGGCGGGGCUCGCAGCGGUCGCCAGCGUGCCCCUGCUCGCGGCGGCGGUGAAGGGCUGGAGGUGGUGGAGGGAAAGGAAGGGCCGGAAGAAGACUUGGAAGAUGACCACGUUUCAAAAGCUGAACUUCACGGUGGAGGACGUGAUGGAGUGCCUGAAGGAGGACAACGUGAUUGGGAAGGGCGGCGCCGGGAUCGUGUACAGGGGCAGCAUGGCCAGCAGGGAGGAGGUGGCGAUCAAGCGCCUCGUAGGCCGUGGCGGGGGGUCGGAACACGACAGGGGGUUCACCGCCGAGGUGGCGACGCUGGGAAGGAUCCGCCACCGCAACAUCGUGCGCUUGUUGGGCUUCGUCUCCAACAGGGAGACCAAUCUCCUGCUCUACGAGUACAUGCCCCACGGGAGCUUGGGGGAGAUGUUGCACAGCAGCAAGGGAGCGCACCUUGGGUGGCAGGCGCGGUGGCGCAUCGCGGCGGAAGCCGCCAAGGGGCUCUGCUACCUCCACCAUGAUUGCUCUCCGCUCAUCCUCCACCGCGACGUCAAGUCCAACAACAUUCUCCUCGACUCCAACUUCGAGGCGCACGUCGCCGACUUUGGCCUCGCCAAGUUCCUCCAUGACACCGGCGCCUCGGAGUGCGUCUCCUCCAUCGCCGGCUCCUACGGCUACAUCGCCCCCGAAUACGCAUACACACUUCGAGUGGACGAAAAGAGCGACGUGUAUAGCUUCGGCGUGGUGUUGCUCGAGCUGAUCACCGGGCAACGGCCAGUGGGCGGGUUCGGCGACGGCGUCGACAUUGUGCGAUGGGUCCGGAAGACGAUAUCGGAAGCGAAUGCGGAGAGUGAUGCAGCAGCCGUUAUGUCGAUUGUGGACGGCAGGCUGACACCGAGUCCGGAGACGUUGAUCACUAACCUGUUCAAGGUGGCAAUGCUCUGCGUGGAGGAGCAGAGCACCGACCGGCCGACGAUGAGGGAGGUGGUCCACAUGCUCUCUAAUCCCAAUUCCGCCGCCCGCUGAUGAUCUCCUCCUCCAUGGCUUAUCAUGCUCGUUCCUGAUGAUGAUGUACAUAUUCACUUCUUUUGGUUGAUUUAUGCCCUGCAAUAUUAGAAUUACUGAAUCAUAUGUUUGAAGCAUAUAGUAAUAAUAAUUUUGUAGUUGUAAUACAAUAAUAUGUGAGUGAAUGGAGGAUGAAUUCAA